AAUUGAGUGGUAUUUAAAAUCAUCAGAAGGAGGAAAUAUUAAAGCAAUGUAUAAAUUAGGUUAUUGUUGUGAUCACGGAUGUGGUGUGACAAAGGAUGAGAAGAAAGCGUUUGAAUUAUAUUUAAAAUCUGCUGAAGGAGGAUAUAAACAUGCAAUAAAAAAUGUGGGGGUUCGUUACUUUAAUGGACAAGGCACUUUAAAAGAUGAAAAUAAAGCUUUUGAAUGGCAUUUAAGAGCUGCAAAAAAAGGACAUAGUACUAGUCAAUAUUUUGUAGCAAAUCAUUAUUUUUAUCUUGAUGAAGAAAUAGCAUUUUAUUGGGUUAGAAAAGCUGCGAUAAAUGGUAAUAUUGAUGCACAAUUUGAACUAGCAGAAUAUUAUCUUAAUAAUUCUAUUAACAAGGAUGAAAAAAAAGCAUUUAAAUGGUAUUUGAGAUUAGCCAAUAAUUAUGAAUAUAGAGCAAUUUAUUCAGUUGCAAAAUGUUACAGGGAUGGUAUUGGAAUUGAUAAAAAUUUAGAAUUAUCUGCAAUAUGGUUUAAAAAAUAUAUUGGUGAAAAAGAUUCAUUUGCCUUAAAUGAUUUUUUGAAUUGUUCAGGGUAUUACUCAUUAUAAAUUAAUAACUUUUAUAACGAUAAUAUUAUUUCUUAAUUUUUAUUGUGAUUUUUAAGAUUAUAGUAAGAAAAGCUU